UACUGCGUGACUGCGUCCACUAUUCAUUCCUGAUUUGCUUCAAACUUUCUCUUUCUGCAAAUCAUUCUUCCACAUUUAUAUCCCUAAAUUCUCUCUCUCUCUCUCUCUCUCUCUGGUUGCACUCUUCAUCUCCUCCGAUCAAUCGUCCGCAAUGGCUAACGCGGCAUCUGGUAUGGCCGUGCAUGAUGAAUGCAAGCUAAGAUUUAUGGAGUUGAAGGCUAAAAGAACCUUCCGUUACAUUGUGUUCAAGAUCGAGGAAAAACAAAAGCAGGUGAUUGUAGAAAAAGUUGGUGAGCCGGCUCAAAGCCACCAAGAUUUGGCUGCUUGCCUUCCUGAGUCUGAGUGUCGAUAUGCUGUCUUCGACUAUGACUUCGUCACCCAAGAGAAUUGCCAAAAAAGCAGGAUCUUUUUCAUCGCAUGGUCUCCUGAUACUGCACGGGUGAGAAGCAAAAUGAUUUACGCAAGCUCCAAAGAUAGAUUCAAGAGGGAAUUGGACGGAAUUCAGGUGGAGCUUCAAGCAACCGAUCCCACAGAGAUGGAUCUUGAUGUUUUUAAAAGUCGCGUCAACUAAUUAAACAGUACGUGUAACGCCUAUGGUCAUUGCAUUAGAGAUGUUAAUAGUUUCAAGUUUGUUUUUUGGGUGGAUGAUGGUUGGUUGUUAAAAGUCUUGAUGACUCUUGGUGUUCUUUGUUUAACAAAUAUUUUGUGUUGAAAACUUGAAUAUGGAUGAUAAUAACUUUUGAUAUUAAGUAUUAA